AUGCAAAAAAAAUUAAAAGAAACCCGUGAACAAUUAGAAAAACUUCCACCGAGUUUAGAAACUGUUUCAGCACGAUUAACAAAAUACUAUGAAUUAGCUGAAUUUUAUAUUGAAAAGAUUCUCAAACAACGUUUUACAAGUUCCAACGAUGGUCGACAUCCUGUUAGUUUAGUAGAUCAUGUACACGUACAUAUGAAAUUGAAACAAUUUGAAAAUAUUAUUCUUGGUCAAAGUCGUGAAUUAUUUACAGGAAAAUAUCGUGUAAAAGUACGAGAUGCUAUGUCAGCAUGUUUUGGUGAGUAG